CUUUACCAAAUUCGAGUCUUUGUCUAUUAAAAAAGGCACAUCAAGUGAGUCUAGUCCUCAGUGAUGGUACGAGUAGCUUUCAUCCACCCUGAUCUUGGCAUUGGAGGAGCAGAGAGGCUGAUUGUGGACGCUGCCCUGGCUCUCAAAUCAAAAGGCCACUAUGUUGAGAUGUUCACUUCUCAUCAUGACCCCAAUCACUGCUUCUCUGAAACUAGAGAUGGAACUCUGAAAGUUACAUGUGCAGGUGACUGGCUACCAAGGUCUUGUUGUAACAAGGGCUAUGCAUUGUGGGCCUACAUUCGGAUGGUGUACACAGCACUCUAUCUUGUCUACUGUAUGGUGUUGGGCCAAGAUUGUUUCGAUGUAAUUAUUUGCGAUCAAAUCUCUGCUUGUAUUCCAGUACUGCGUUUGAGCCGAGCCAAAAUCUUGUUUUAUUGUCAUUUUCCCGAUCAACUUUUGACUCAACGAAAGAACUGGUUGAAGAAAGUUUAUCGAUGGCCGAUUGAUAAAUGGGAAGAAUGGACAACAGGUCUAGCUCAUCAGAUACUCGUGAACAGCAACUUCACUGCUGGCAUUUUCCAUCGGACCUUCAAAUCACUGGCAAGUAUUCGACCUACUGUGCUACACCCAUCACUAAACUUUUCUGCAUUCGACGUAUCCCCUGCUGGUGAACUCAAAGAUACGAUCCCAAGCUCUGUGAAAUGUCUGUUCCUAUCAAUCAACCGUUUUGAGCGAAAAAAGAACCUUUCUCUGGCCAUAGAAGCAUUUGCCAAAACUCUAGAAGGCCUGGAUCCAUCUGAAAAGAAAGAGGUCCACCUUGCAAUGGCGGGAGGUUAUGACGAAAGAGUGAUGGAAAAUAAAGAACAUUAUUUGGAGCUACGAAAACUUGUUGAAACUCACAAACUAGGUGACAAUGUUACGUUUAUUCGCUCGUUUACUGACCAGCAAAAGAUUGAUCUACUUGAUGGUUGCAGAGCCCUUAUUUACACACCGUCUAACGAGCACUUUGGGAUCUGCCCUCUGGAGGGUAUGUAUCUAAGAAGGCCUGUCAUUGCUGUCAACACUGGGGGGCCGCUGGAAACUGUGAUUGAUGGAACUACGGGUUUUUUGUGUGAUGCUAUUCCCGAGGCUUUUGCUGAGAAGAUGGCGUAUGUGUACCGUAGUCCAGAGGAUAGUGCGAAGAUGGGCGAGAAUGGAAGAGAUCAUGUGAUUGCUAAUUUCUCAUUUGGAGCUUUUACUGAGAAACUGAAUAGCAUUGUAGAGACUCUAUUGUGAAUGUACUGUAUAAUCUGCUGUUUACAGUGAUCUAGUUGACAUGUGUAUUAAAUACUGAUUAUUAUUAUAUUGAAG